GGGGAAGAAGAAGAAGUGCACGUCGGGACCGCCACGUGGGCAGACGCCCGCAGGCAGAAAGAAGGUGAACCCGAAGGCGGUGCCAGCGACCAGAGACACCGCAGGUGCACGAACUCAGGUCCCCAGACGUCGUCGACGCCCCGGGAUGGCAACUUUGCCGGAAAUCAGAAAGUUGCAACGAUCCACCGACCUUUGCUUGGCUUUCAAGCCGUUCUUGCGUCUCGUGCGCGAGGUUGUGGAGCACGACAUUGCUCCGGGUAUGGGCGUGAGGUUUCAGAUGACGGCGGUGCGUGCUUUGAUGGAGGCUGCCGAGGCGUACCUGGUCGCCAAUUUCGAGAACACCAACGAGGUGGUUAUCCAUUCGAAGAGGGUGACGAUCCAGAAAAUGGACAGCGGUCCACGGGUGUGCGACUGUGGUAGGCCUUUCAUGUCAUUACGAACUUUGAACUCACAUCGUGCGAGGGCAUGCCCGGCCGUGGCGGACGAAAGAACACAUGGCGAGGAGAUGGGUGUGAUCGAUGACGUCGGACCAUCAAGUAUAGGUGCAUUGAAUCUCGUGAGUGAUGAGAGCGAGGACAUCGGGGCCCCCGAGAAUGUAGACGGGGAGGGCGGGACAUUCGAAGAGCAGCAACCGCAGCCUGUCGAGUCUUUUGACAGCUCUCGCAAGCUAGCGGCACUAAUUUUCUCCGCCAGGGGUGGCGUCGGUAUGUCGCAGAGCGACAUAGAUGCUCUCUUGUCACUUCUCACAGACCCGAGAUCCAGCACGAGAGACAUCGCGUAUCGUAAUAGUCGAGAGUGUUUGACAUGGGUAGGGAGUCUAGCAGAGGCUGCUGGAUGGAAAGAGUUGGAUCUACGUUGUGACGAUUGGCCAAGGGAUGCGCACGCCAUCUUGUGGCACCGCGACUGGCAAACGACAUUUCUGUCGAUUUUUCAUAUCGCAUUACAGAAAUGCGAGACGGUGUCUUCUCUGGAAGUGUCUCCGCCCGGCGUCGAGAACCGUCCACCCAAGGCCCCCGAUAAGAGGUCGCGGGAAGACGGAAUGUCAAAGGUGCACCGCAGGACAAAGAAAAGAAUCACGUACAAAAAUGACAGAAUGGUGGAGAUGAUCGAUCUGAGAGCCUCGGACGAUAUGCAGAGUGCGGCCCGAGAGGAAGCAGAAGAGGAACACGACCAGUCCAUAUCAGAAAAGUCUGACGGGGAGGAGAACGAGGCAACAAGUGACGAGGAAGGUGACAGUGAAACUUCCGACGGACAUUCUCGCGACACUCACGACGUUGAUGACGAGGACGGCAGGAGCAGCGACGGCACAGCGCAAGACGAGGGCGGUGACAGGGGAGGCGAAGACGACAGAAGUGCGGACGGAAGAGGGAGUUCCCCAUCUCCGGAAAGAACGCGACGCACGAGGGAACCCGAAAGUGGAGGCGAGGGAGGCGCAACCGACGCGCCCUCCAUUGACAGACAACUAGUGAGGCACGACAACGCAGUUAAAAAAGGUAAACAAAAUGUGCUGCAGUUGGUCCUCUUGCACAAUGAUUACUUGGUAACGGCGCAAAGUGAUGACAUUUCGUUAAUGCGAGGAUGUCGCUGUGAUGAACGAACAGUUGAAACGGGCUGUCGAAUUUCGCAGAUAACAAAGACCAGCAGAGCGGCGGAGCAGAUAGGGAAAUUGGUCUUCAUAAAGCAGGACAUCGCAUCAUCUGUCUGCAACCGCUAUACAGUCAUGAGUUUUUCGGUCUUCAAGUUGGACCGUGCCGUAUCUGUUGCUGAGAAGGCUGCUGCGCUAUUUCGAGCCGGCGUGCCCUCUGUCCACAGGAGUGGGUCAUAUAACCCAACAAUAACGGAUGACGAUUUCGACCUGGAGUUCAUUGCACUGCUGCAUGAGAGAAGCAAAGACGUGGAGAGGGAUACAGAAAGUCUGUGCGCCAGACAUUGAACACCGGGGGAGGGGGGAGAGGUGGUGAACAUAAUAGUGUGAAUCAGAAGGUUCAUUACGGAAUAUGUGAAUCAGAAGG